AGUGUUUUCCGUGUCCUCUAUUCUGACUUUUGUUUGGGAGAUGUAGUUUUUUCGGUAAACGUUAUUCACACUGGUUUUCUAGUGAUUAUUUUCUUAGGUUUGAAGUUAUUGUGCAUAAACACUACAUAUCCCGUUACUAAAAACAAAGCGCUUGUUUAGCAGGAUGGGGCCGGGUGGGGCCUUGCUGGUCUGAUUCCCCGCAGACCCUGACCGAGACAUUUCACUGGUUCAUGUUUUCUACCAGGAGCACAACACAAGUAUUAUAUUCAGUUGAUAAGCGUUUUCGGACGUGAAUCGCAGAUGCUCGUUUGUUCUGCAUAAUACAUUUCUAACGUUACAGAACGUAAAAACCCACUGAACGUAGCUCAGUCCCAUUACGCUUACUUCGCCCCACCCAUAAAAUAUUAGCCAAUUUUCUGUGGUCAUCUACGGCUGAAUCCAUCCUUUGCGGUCUCUGUUUUUAGCAUCAUACCUACCACCGUUAUCUCGCGAGCUCAGUGGAUACUAUCCUAAACUUCACGAACACUGAUAAUCAAUGACACGUUAACCAUGAUACAUUGCGGUUUAGAUACUCUUGAACAAGGCCAUUGUUCCUGGCCUCGCGAGAUCAGGGUGGUACGUAAAACGCUAGCUAGUACAGUAGCUAGCUAGAUUCCGGUUUGUUUUCGGUAUAGACAUUUGUUUGCUGUGUCGUGGAACACACGGUGAUGUUUGCUGAUAAUCUGAGAUGUCUCGGCAUCAAAGCAUAAGACAUGUCAAUCCAAAACCUGACGGAAUUCUACCCAUGUUUUCUAGACACCUGACCACGUUUGGCUCUCACUGGUUGCCCCCAGCUAAAGUCCGGUUGGGCGGCUGGAGGAACGUAGAAUUCCGUAACUAUCCAUGUCGGCCGGGUAUGCCUCCUUGGCCUCAACUCUCCCACCCUAAUAGGCACCUAACAGGGGCCUUUCGACCUCCAGAUACCAGGCAACAGCCCCCACCAGGAUUCCCUUUUUAUGGUUUUUCUAAUCGGCCCUUCCACCUUGGACUGAUGGAACGCUCUGAUAAGGAGCCUCCACAUAAGCGGAGGAAGAGUGCAGAAGAAAGGGGUCCAGGGGAUAGGUCCAACUGCCCCCCCAAACACGAGUAUCCGUCCCAAAAGGCACACAGUGCCCCAACCAGUUCCAACUACUGGUUCAAAAAUGGAACGCCACCGCUGCCUCCUGGGACAAGUCCACCAAGACCAGCAUUAGAGUUGAGGAGACAAUGGGAGGUCUUCUCCCACCGCUACAAGUCCAGGCCACAGUCCGGUGGAGAGGGACGAGAACCGCUCUUUGACUUCUCUGUGAUGUCAUAUAACAUCCUCUCUCAGGACCUACUACAUGAAAAUAACUAUCUGUACAAACACUGUAGCCCCUCCUUCCUCGGGUGGAACCACAGGCUCUCCAACAUCCUAAAGGAGCUCAAAGAGCACAACGCAGAUAUAAUGUGUCUGCAGGAGGUGCAAGAGGACCACUAUGUAAAUCAAGUGAAACCCGCUCUAGAAGCUUUAGGUUACCAGUGUGAAUACAAGCGCCGGACAGGCAGGAAGCCUGACGGCUGUGCCAUUUUCUAUAAGAAGGAGCGCUUUUCACUGCUGUCCUGUCACCCCGUGGAGUUCUACCGCCGGGGGGUCCCUCUGCUGGACCGGGACAACGUGGGUCUGGUACUGUUACUGCGUCCCACAGGACCCUCCAGCCCACAGGCCUGCAUGUGUGUGGCCAACACACACCUCCUGUACAACCCCAGACGCGGGGACAUUAAGCUGGCCCAGUUAGCCAUGCUUCUGGCUGAGAUCAGUACGGUGUCCCGCCUCCCUGACGGCAGCUCCUGUCCAGUCGUCCUCUGUGGGGACUUCAACUCCGUCCCCUGGUCCCCGCUGUACAACUUUGUCAGAGAGAGCAGGCUGGAGUACGACGGCAUUCCCAUAGGCAAGGUGUCGGGGCAGGAGGACCGUUCCAAGGGCCAGCGGGUCUUGACCGUACCCAUUUGGCCGCAGAGCCUGGGCCUCACCCAGCAGUGCCAGUACGAGCCCCCCCCUACAGCGGUCGACGGGGGAAUCUCAAAACUCCCUGUGCAGGACUUUGAAGCCCGCGCUUUGGCAGCUUAUAACAGUGAGUCCCGGCCCAGUAUAGAGCACGGUCUGAGGCUGACGUCAGCCUACUCCCACUCCCUGACGGAGGAUGGUCGACCUGAGAUCACCACCUGUCACUCCAGGACAGCCAUCACCGUGGACUACAUAUUCUACUCGGCAGGACCCGGGGACAUGUCCAUUCAGACAGAAGGUCCAUUGCCCAGGCGAGGGCUGCAGCUGCUGGCCAGACUGGCCCUGGUGGGACACACCGAGCUGAAGGCUGUCAACGGGCUGCCCAAUGAGCACAACUCCUCUGACCACCUGCCCCUACUGGCCCGCUUCCGCCUUUGCCCCGAAGAAUGGACAUUAGGGCCAGGGACUCAGAGCCUCGGGCAGAACGAGAGGUCAAUGGCCAAGACCAUGAAAUCCACACAUAUUGCACCUCUCACGAAACAAUGAUUAUAAACUAGGUAGGUGGGGUCCUGGAUGUUGAUUGGCUGGGAGCUAUUGUAAGUAUAAGUAUUAAAGCAGAAUAUGGCCAAUAUAUCACAGCUAAGGGAGGUUUUACUUACACUGGAUACAGCCCUUAGCUGUGGUAGAUUGGCCAUGUACCACAAAGCCUGUUUUGCCUUAUUGAUUUAAAAAGUGGUUCCAAACAAUUUCAACAAAACAAUAAUAGAUAAUACCCAUGUUAUAAAGCCUCACAUAGCCCACAGCUUUCAGCCAAUAAGCAUUCAGGGGUUGAACCACCACUUGUUUUUAGAGUUAAAAUCACCAGUUGGUUUUAACUCCAAAAGCUGAUUGGCUGAAAGGAGUGGUAUAUGAGACUACAGCACGGUUAUGCUAAUGAAUUUUUACUGUUCUAACUAACUUGGUCUCCAGUUUGUCAGCAAGGCACAAGGGGCUAGCAGUAUAUAACCAAAAUACCACAGCUACUUUGUCGGUGUUGUGUCAUGCCUAUGAACAAUGUUGUCCUUUUACAACACCCUCUAUGGACUUUUACACAGGCUCACAUGACCUGGAUACUGCCCUGAAACUGGGCUUUAAUUUCAGAAACAUUAUGGCAGUCCUGCUGUAAAGGCCAGGCUUCUGCGUUCAGAUGUUUACUAUUUCUCUCUUCUUUUUUUUUUUUACUUGAUUACAUGAUUUUAAUUGUACAUUUAUUGAACACAAUAUGAAUAAUUUUAGAUUUUAAUGAAUGUUUACAAGUUCAUUUGAAAUGUAGUGUUUGGUUACCUAUUGGUAUUGAAAUGGAAGGCUUUCAGUCACAGCUAUACCACCUCAUGUAAUGCAAUAAUGAUCAGAAAUGACACUACCAGCUUAGAGGUCACCUCUGUAUUAAUGGCACAUUGUUUGUAAUGAUUUCUGGGGAUUGCUAACCCAAUCUGAGGUCAUUACUGAAAAUGUGUUUUUAUACUUAACUGAUCAGAGAAAGUGGGACUAUUCUUUUCUUUUUAUCUUUCUCACCUGGAAAGGAACAAAGGUAAACCACUGUAGUUUGACAAACCCCCAUGUUUUAGGAGAAAGGCAUUAAGAACCUAGUCAGUCUGCCUUUUGAUGAGGGAUCACAAGUCAGGCCCUGGCAGGCAAUUUCUCUCCACAUCCUGAGUGUUGUUUGUAUUCCAAUACCACGUUGCACUGUCGGUUACAAACAUCGCAGAACAACUCUCAGCUUCACAGUUGAAUUGGGCAAAGAAGCAAUUCUGUGAUCUUUGGUAUUCGUUUUGCCUUGUAAAUGAUGCCACAACCGUAGUGAAUUUCAACGGGUUCACUGUUGUAUUUGGCCCUGUUUCUGAUUUGACUUUCUGAUUUCUCACAUUCUAGCUGAAAUAGGGCAAAGUCUGAGGCCAAAUGUAAAGAUGCCCUGGUCAGCUACAUGCUUGUGAACAAAAUUAGCCAUUUCAUCCUCAACAUCCCAUCCAAAUAAAGCUGUUGACAGGCUUUGAAUUGUGAUCCUGGCUGACUUGUCUGGCUGAUGGUGUGAUUAAAGGCAUGAGAACUCAAGUCUUUAGUCUCAGCCAGUGCUUCUUACUUCUGCUGACAUCAGCGAAGCCUCUGUUACCAGCAGGUUUGGACUUUUUGGGAAGAAAACGUUCACAGGCUUAUCAUUUGUGGUUUAGUGAGAUCCAGCCUAAUGGGGAUAACCCAUCUUUCUGAGAAGAAUCCCAAUACUUUGAAGAUGCGCCCUUUGCUCUUGUCCUUAACCCUCAUUGACAACCACCUGUUACAUUGUGCCGUGUAUCUGUGGAAAUAAGAAAUAUAAAACCAGGAGAAAAGUA